GGCACAAUCUCAUUCACAAGUCCUACAGUAAAAGAUCACUUUCAAUAUGUCGGUUUCGGAUCUGAUUAGUGCCCUUGAUGCCAUUCCCAGGCUCAGCGUUUCCGAGACUCCUGUGCAGGAACAAAGUUCGGUUUUCCUGGAUGCUCCUGAAUGGUUAACGGAGAGCUAUUUGCAGGAUGCCCUGCGCAAAUACUACAAGGAUCAACGCCUCAGGAUCAAUUGGGUCCAGGUGAAUCCUGCCCUGGGCAAGGGUGAAAACUACGGUGGCGUCCUCACCCGUGUGAAGGCACAGUUCACCAGGAGCGAUGGUAGCUCCCAACUGGGUCACUACAUUGUAAAGUCCACCUUUGAGGGCAAUGAGUUUGCCCAGAAUGCCAUGGAGCCCUACGACAUAUUCAACCGCGAGAUGGUUAUCUACGAGCAGGUCUUGCCCAAGCAGAAGGCACUCCUCCGGGAGAUCGGUGAUGCGGAGCAGAUCUUUGCAGAAACCAUGGCGGUGGAUGUAGACAACUCGGCGCUGAUUUUUGAGGAUCUCAAUGCACGUGGCUUUGUGAUGCCGGAUCGCUUGGUUGGAUUGGAUCAAAAGUUAGCUCGAAUUGUGCUCCGCAAGCUGGCCAAGAUGCAUGCCACUUCGGCGGUGCUGAACGAACGCGAGAAUCACAUCCUGGAGAGCUACGAUCGCGGGUUCUUCAAUCGUUACACCGACAACUAUGAACCGGCAUUUGUGGGCAUGUUCCAGGCGGCCACUCGCCGUGUGGCUCAGUGGCCAGGAUAUGAGAAGUACGCGGAGAAGAUGGAGGCCCUGGUGCCCAUCUACAUGGAACUGGGCAAAAAAAUCUUCGACAUUAGUCCCGGACACAUCAAUGUGCUGGCCCAUGGAGAUCUUUGGACCAAUAAUGUGCUGGUUAAGUACGACGAGCAGACCGGGGAGCCAGUUGACGUGGUUAUCAUUGAUUUCCAAUACACGGCCUGGGGAUCGCCGGCCCUGGAUCUCUUCUACUUCCUGAAUACCUCUCUGGAGUUCGAUCUUCACCAGAACCAACAGGAGCAGCUGAUUGCAUACUAUUUCGGCUAUUUCGUGGACACAUUGAGAAAACUGCAGUACCAAUCUACAAUUCCAAGUUUGCAUCAGUUCCACCAGCAAUUGCACCAGAAGAAAUUCUACGCUGCCCACACAUCCAUUUCAGUGUUUCCAAUCCAGCGAAAUGUGGAGACUGCUGAUGCCGAUUUUAAUGCCCUAAUGGAAACCAACCAGCGGGCCAUAAAUUUCAAGGAUGCCUGCUAUAGGAAUCCGAUUGCCCAGAGGGUUCUGCACGAACUUUUGCCUACUUUUGAGGCAGAGGGUCUACUUGAUAUCGAUCAAUGAGAAUGCUUCACUUUUCACCUGUGUUAUGUAGUAUUAACUAGACAAAUUGUAUGCAAAGAAAAUAGAAGAAUUAUAUAUUAGGUUAAGAUAUUUUAGUCACAAUUAUAAAGUACAAUCUAUAUACCACUUAUAAUAAAAAUAAACUUAUAUCAAUA